AACUCCCAAAUGUAUCCACCGAUUUCGCGGAAAGUACCGUCGAAGACGUCACGCGGCGGACCAUAGUUCGAUUGCCGUUUCUUUACUCUUCGAGUAGUUCAAACGACCCGGCGGCGUGGAGGUUAUGUCACUUGUAUUAAGUACAGAAAAUUAUGACGUUCGACUUAAAAUCAGAGAGCGAAGUGAAAGAAUACCUGAACAAUUUAGGGAUUGAAUACAGAUUCGGAUGCUAUAGCGAAAAAAAUCCGGAAGUAUGUCAUUUGCUUGGCGAUUUUCUCGAAGCGAUCAAGAAAGACUUCGAGAAGGCGGCGAAAGUGUAUAAAAAUAACUGCGACGAGUUUAAAUUUGGAAAAAGUUGUACCAAAUACGGCAAUUAUAAUAUAUUAAACAAAGGUAUCAAAAAUGGAAAUUAUAAGACUGCUUAUGAGUACUACAACAAAGGCUGCGAGUUGGGAGAUCCUCAGAGCUGUUUUCACCAGGGCAUGCUUCUGGUGAGCCAGAAUGAAGAGCAAGGAGUGCCGUAUGACAUUUCUAAGGGUAUGGAGUGUUUGAGCAAGUCUUGCGAUGGUAGCAAGGCGAUGGCGUGCUUUUAUCUCUCCGCCCAGUAUAUACUGCAGGCAAGAAAGCUAACGGAGCAGUCGCCGAGCGCCGAUAGCAAUAAAGUUAUGCAACAGGCUUUUAAAUAUGCUUUGAGGGCUUGCGAGCUCGGUAAUCCGUUCAGCUGCGCGAAUGUGAGUCAGAUGUAUGCCAAGGGGGAAGGCGUUGAGAAGAACCAAGAGCUUGCUGACAAAUACAAGACCAAAGCGAAAGAUAUGGAGAAAGACAUUAACAGCACGAAAUCGUUGGAAUUUGAGAUAGGCAUUCCUCCAUAGAAAAAUAUACCGUUGAGUUCCCGCCAGCUUC